AUGUUCAAACCUGAACCACCACACGGAAACAUGAUCUCGGAUCUACCUGAUGAACUUGUCCAACUCAUUCUUCAUUUCCUACCACAUUCCUUUAUCAUACAACAUGCCGUGCUCAUUUCCAAACAAUUUCUCCAAGCUGCUCUUUCCAAUGGUCUGUUUGUUCAUAUUCGCCAAGGCCGUGAAUUACCUCAUCGUUUGCUUCAAAAACUUUACAAAGCGACCGUGCUCAAUAAUGUGAUCAGUCUAGAAAUUUAUCAUCAAGAUCGGAAAAAAGUUUCGUUCGCUGGAUUUUCGAGUCCAAAUUUCAAACAUUUGACUCGAUUGCGUUUGAAGAGUGUAUAUUUGUCAUUGGAUCAUGUGAAAUGCAUCAUGCAGAGUGGAAAUGUUCAAAAAUUGAGAGAAUUGGAUUUGAGUGAAAAUUAUGAAAUUGGUGCAAAUAGUAUGCAAUAUAUUUAUGAGGCAAAAUUGGAUGAAUUGGAGAGCUUGGAUUUGAAUGGUUGCAGAAUUGGAAAGGAAGGUUUGAAAUUAUUAUUGCUCGGAAGAAAUAGAUCUUUGGAACAAGAUCAUCAGGUUCUUCAUUCUUCUUCGAGUAGUUCAUCAAACACAAGUUCGCAAUGGUUUUUGAAAAAUUUAACACAUUUAAAUUUGGCGGAUAAUGAACUAUACGACGAAGGUGCAACAUUAAUUGCUAAUAGAUGCUUUCCACACUUGACUCAUUUGAACCUAGCUCAAAAUUAUAUUUCACAUGAUGGAGUGGAUGCUAUUACCAUGAACGCUGCUGCAAAUUUCAAGAGUUUGCGAAAAUUGACGCUAGAUCGAUAUAACGAUAACCAUGUGUUAAGUCCUAUUUCUGUGAAUUGGGUAAGAUUGAACCGCGUUUUUGAUGGAACAGAAAGCAAGCGUGUGGAAACAUCUGUUCGAUAUUUGACGUCUAUGCCAUGCUUUGAAAAUGCUCAAAUCAUUUCUUUGAAUGAAAACUCAAUUACUGAUGAAGGAUUACUCGAAAUAUUAGAUCGCUCUAAAAAUGUUACUGACCUCUCAUUGGCUAAAAAUCUAUUCACAAUCCAAGGAGCUAAAUCUAUUGGAUCUGCAACGAAUCUUAACAAAUUGACGCGACUGGAUCUUUCCAGAAAUUCCAUGAUGUCCAAUGAAGGAAUUCGAUCGAUUUUGAAAAACCCAAGCUUACGAAAUUUAACCACUCUUAUUCUCAAUGAAUCACGCAGUUCUCAAGAGGAUUACAUGCUUCUAUUCAAUUGUCCGUACCUGUCCAAUUUGACACAAUUAGAUAUUUGUUUUGUAACAAGAUUCUCCAAAGCAGGAGUUAAGGCUCUCGGUUCUAGUCCUUACUUGACAAAACUCACAGCAUUACACAUGGAUGGAACAAUUACCUGUGACGAAGCCUCGUGUUUUGCUCACCAUUGUAAAUCCUUACAGAAUUUGAAACUGUUAUCACUUGGAUCGUGCUUUUUGGGAGAGCAAGAAGAAUCCAUUUUGAAAAACUCUCUAUACCUUCAAAAUGUGACAUCUUUGAACACCUUUACUUAUAUUGAGCGUGAUUAA